GACAUGCUGCCCGUGUGGUUCGCGGCCGCCGCGCCCGAGGCCCUGGGCGCCGCGCUGGGGGAGCAGAGCGAGGACUGCCUGUUCCUCAACCUCUACGUGCCCGCGGGGGCCCCGGGAGCCAACGCUCGGAAAAUCGCAGACGAUAUCGCGAGUAAUGACCGCGGGGACGACGAAGAGGCGCGUGACCCCGGCGGCCGGAAGCCCGUCAUGGUUUACAUCCACGGCGGGUCCUACAUGGAGGGCACCGGGAACAUCAUGGACGGCAGCGUCCUGGCCAGCUACGGCGACGUCAUCGUGGUGACCGUCAACUACCGCCUGGGCGUGCUCGGCUUCCUGAGCACGGGCGACCAGGCCGCCAAGGGCAACUACGGCCUCCUGGACCAGAUCCAGGCGCUGCGCUGGGUGGAGGAGAACGUGGGCGCCUUCGGCGGGGACCCCAAGCGCGUGACCGUGUUCGGCUCGGGCGCCGGGGCCUCCUGCGUCAGCCUGCUCACGCUCUCCCACUACUCGGAAGGCCUGUUCCAGAAGGCCAUCAUCCAGAGCGGCACCGCCCUCUCCAGCUGGGCCGUCAACUACCAGCCGGCCCGGUACGCGCGGGCGCUGGGCGCGCAGCUCGGCUGCCCCGGGAACACGCGAUCGUCAUACAUGUCGUCAUACAUGUCGGACCCGGGUUCUUCGUGGGACUCGGCCGCGCUGGUGUCCUGCCUGCGCCGCGCGGCCUGGCGGGAGCUGUCGCGGCCCCGCGUGACCCCCGCGCCGUACCACGUGGCCUUCGGUCCCGUGAUCGACGGCGACGUCAUCCCCGACGACCCGCAGAUCCUCAUGGAGCAGGGCGAGUUCCUCAACUACGACGUCAUGCUGGGCGUCAACCAGGCCGAGGGGCUGCGCUUCGCCCGCGCCGCGGGGGCCCCGGACACGUAUGACACAUACGACAACAUGCGUAACACAUACGACAACAUACGUGACACAUACGACCGCACGUAUGACAAAUAUGACCGAGAAAACGGGGAUUACAGGGAUGAUAGCAUGGAAAAUGACUUCCGGGGUCAUCAUGGCCGCCGCAGGGACCACGAGGAGGACACGGAACAUGGUUACCAGGGUCGCCGCGUGAACACGGAUGAUAACAUGGAUGAUAACAUGGAUGAUAACAUGGAUAGUAACACGGAAAACGAUUACUGGGCUAACCGGGGUAGCCGGGGUCGCCGCGUGGACCCCGACAACAUGGAUGACACAGAUGACACGGAUACCAUGGAAAACACGGAUAACAUGGGAAACCAGUACCGGGAUCGCCGCGUGGACCUGGAUAACACGUAUGACCGCACGUAUGACGCUUACCGGGAUGCCCGGGGCCGCCGUGGCCGCCGUGUGGAGCCGGACGACACGGAUACCAUGGAAAACACGGAUAACAUGGGAAACCAAUACCGGGAUCGCCGUGGUCGCCGCGUGGACCCCGAUCACACGGACAACAUGGAUGACACGGAUAACACGUAUGACGAUUACCGGGGUAACCGGGGCCGCCGUGGCCGCCGCGUGGACCCCGACAACACGGACGACACGGAAAACGAUUUCCGGGACCGCCGCGCCGACCGCACACACGACCACACGCAUGACGACACGUAUGACGCCGCCGACACGUAUGACGCCGACGACGGCGUCUCCGCGGCGGCCUUCGACGCCGCCAUCGCGGCCUUCGUGGACCGUCUCUACGGCGACCCCGGGGGCGUGGCUGACCCCGGAAGUGACCCCGGAAGUGGCCGUGUGUCAUCGUCCUCGGCGCUGCGCGAGACCGUGAAGUUCAUGUACACGGACUGGGCGGCCGUGUCGGGGUCGCGGGCGGGGUCAGGGGUCGCAGGGGUCACAGGGGGGUCAGCGGGGUCGUCGUCAUGGCGCCGGCGCGCGCUGACGUCACUCUUCACCGACCACCAGUGGGCGGCGCCCGCCGUGGCCACGGCCGACCUGCACGCGCGCUACGGGUCGCCGACGUACUUCUACGCCUUCGCGCACCGCUGCGACCCCGGAAGCGGUGACCCCGGAAGUGAUGACCCCGGAAGUGACCCCGGAAGUGACCCCCGGGCCCGCCCCGCCUGGGCCGAGGGCGCCGCCCACGGCGACGAGCUGCCCUACGUGUUCGGGGUCCCGCUGCUGCUGCUCGGGGGUGCAGGGGUCACGGGAGGGGACGCAGGGGUCGCGGAAGGGGUCACAGGGGUCACGGGCUGGGCCGAGAUCUUCGCCUGCAACUUCACGCGUGGUGACGUCAUGCUGAGCGCCGGGGUCAUGACCUACUGGACCAACUUCGCCAAGACGGGGGACCCGAACCGCCCGGUGCCCCAGGACACCAAGUUCGUCCACACCCGCCCCAACCGCUUCGAGGAGGUGGCCUGGGCCAAGUACGACCCCCGGGCCCAGCUCUACCUGCACAUCGGCCUGCGCCCGCGCGUGCGCGACCACUACCGCGCCACCAAGGUCGCCUUCUGGCUCGAGCUGGUGCCGCACCUGCACGGCCUGCGCGGCGACCUGCUGCUGCAGUACGUCUCCACCACGCCCACCCAGGCCCCGCCCCUCCCUGGCUCCACCCCCUCCACCGCCGACGCCGCCCACCACCCCCCGGGGCCCUUCCCGAAGCUCUUCCACGCCACCCGGCGCCCAAUUUCCCCGGGCCACGCCCAGCCCGGCGGCCAUGACGGCGCCCGGCGCCCAAUUACCCCGGGCCACGCCCAAUCCGGCGGCCAUGACGGCACCAAACGCGGAUUUCGGGGCCCCGGCGGCCCCGGCGGGGGUCCCGGGGGCACCGAGGACGCCACGGUGCUGAUCGAGACCAAGCGCGACUACUCGACGGAGCUGAGCGUGACCAUCGCGGUGGGGGCCUCGCUGCUCUUCCUCAACGUCCUGGCCUUCGCCGCGCUCUACUACAAGAAGGACAAGCGGCGGCACGAGACGCACCGGCGCCUGCACCGGGGCGACCGGGGUCACCCCAGGGGUCACCACGGGGUCACCGGGGUCACCGACGCCGCCACCAAG